CGUGUCCACGUGAGGUGAGCGAAGGCGAAGAAGUGGAACCUAAAAACAAAAGAUGACAGAAUAAUAAAAGAAAGGGCUAUUUACAACAACAGCAAAAUAAUAACUUUGCUACAGCCCCAUGCAACGUAUUCUCUACAGCGUGGAAGAACAGGCUUUUCAGGUGACCAUUUUUACGCAGCCCGUCAAUGAAGAGGAAUAGGUGCUUUUUAAAUUCACCUUUCUAUCUUCUGGAUUCUGGAUUGUGACAAGUGCCAGGACAGGACAGGGGCGUCCAGAACCAGAAGUACCGAAAAGGAACUUCGGGGAGUGUUCACCUAUAGCCUGCCUUUAAACGGUAGGGGAUAGGGUCUUCUCACCGCCCACCCACCUGACGGAACAUUCGCGUCUGCUUUGUCCCAAACCCCGGAGCCAAGACGUUGCUGCGCAGAGAGCCGUGUGGCCCCAGACCCAGCACCGGAACCCGCGUGGGAAGGUCGGUCCUCGGUGUCCUCCAGACAGGCGGGAUGAUGGUCCACUGCGCCGGGUGCGACAGGCCCAUCCUGGACCGGUUCCUGCUUAACGUGUUGGACCAAGCCUGGCACGCCAAAUGCGUCCAGUGCUGCGAGUGCAACUGUAAUCUGACAGAGAAGUGCUUCUCCCGGGAUGGGAAGCUCUAUUGUAAAAUUGACUUUUUCAGGAGGUUUGGGACGAAGUGCGCAGGAUGCCUCCAAGGCAUCUCUCCCAGUGAUCUGGUGCGCAAGGCGCGCAGCAAGGUGUUCCAUCUCAACUGCUUCACGUGCAUGGUGUGCAACAAGCAGCUGUCCACGGGCGAGGAACUCUAUGUUAUCGACGAAAAUAAAUUUGUUUGUAAAGAAGACUACCUGAGCUCAGGGGCGAUCAAGGAAGUCAACUUGAAUUCAGUGUCAUCAUGCACAGACAGAAGUUUAUCGCCGGACCUCCAGGACCCGAUGCAGGACGACACAAAAGAGACGGACAAUUCCACAUGCUCAGAUAAGGACAUGAACAAUAACGAGAAUGAGGAGCAGAGUUCGGGUACGAAGCGGCGAGGUCCGCGAACCACCAUCAAAGCCAAGCAGCUGGAAACGCUGAAGGCUGCCUUCGUGGCCACGCCGAAACCCACCCGACACAUCCGAGAACAGUUGGCCCAGGAGACGGGACUCAACAUGCGGGUUAUACAGGUGUGGUUCCAGAACCGUCGGUCUAAGGAGCGGAGAAUGAAGCAGCUGAGUGCUCUGGGGGCCCGGCGGCACGCCUUCUUCAGAGGGCCCAGGAGGAUGAGGUCCAUGGGGGGACGACUGGAGGACCCAGACAUACUGGGGCCUGGGGCCUACGGAUACUACACAGAGUACCAGGGCGACUACUACGGAGGGGGCAACUAUGAAUUCUUCCCCCACGGCCCUCCCUCCUCUCAGGCUCAGUCUCCAGCAGAAUCCCCCUACAUCCAUGGAGGGGCCAUGGAGGGCUCUGUGUCAGCCCACCACCCCUCUGACGACCAGAGGUUCACGGACAUGAUCUCCCACGCAGAUACCCCCAGCCCAGAGCCCGGCCUGCCCAGCUCCCUGCAUCCUGUCCCUGGUGAGGCAUACGGAGGAGGGCCCAGCCCACCAUUCUCCCUGGCUAGUAACUCCAGCUACAGCGCCCCCAUGUCCCACCCUGGACAGGAGAUGGGAGAGACCACCGUCUGGUAGACUAGAGCCUGGGUCUGGGAAAGGGAUGAGGGUUUCGUUGGGGGGAGGGUGAACUUCCCAUUUUCGAUUCAAUCUACACGGGAGAUGAAUUUGAAGACAUUAUGAAUAAGUAGUUAUGAAUUAAAAAUGGCAAUUAUGUAUUUGUUAAUGGGGAUUUUUCUAUUCACGGAUUCACGUAUUUUUGAAUUGACUUGCUGAAUUGAUGGAGUUGAAAUGGAGUUGUUCCCCCUGACUCUUAUCCUUCACGUGAAGGACUGAGGAUGGAAGAUGGGGUGGCUUUGCUGGACAUAUCUGAACUUUGUUGUACUAUUCGCUGCCCUAUUCGGACCCGUUAGUAGAAAUACACUCCCACCCACCUCUGUGAAAAAUGAACUGGGAUUGGAUAAAGAAAGACAGCGGUUCCUCUUGCCCCAGUAUCACCCCCCCCCACUAAGGACACGUGAUAUUGCAGAGAGAUAAAGAAAGACAGCGGUUCCUCUUGCCCCAGUAUCACCCCCCCACUAAGGACACGUGAUAUUGCAGAGAGAUAAAGAAAGACAGCGGUUCCUCUUGCCCCAGUAUCACCCCCCCACUAAGGACACGUGAUAUUGCAGAGAGAUAAAGAAAGACAGCGGUUCCUCUUGCCUCAGUAUCACCCCCUCACUAAGGACACGUGAUAUUGCAGAGAGAUAAAGAAAGACAGCGGUUCCUCUUGCCCCAGUAACACCCCCCCACUAAGGACACGUGAUAUUGCAGAGAGAUAAAGAAAGACAGCGGUUCCUCUUGCCCCAGUAUCACCCCCCCACUAAGGACACGUGAUAUUGCAGAGAGAUAAAGAAAGACAGCGGUUCCUCUUGCCCCAGUAUCACCCCCCCACUAAGGACACGUGAUAUUGCAGAGAGAUAAAGAAAGACAGCGGUUCCUCUUGCCCCAGUAUCACCCCCCCACUAAGGACACGUGAUAUUGCAGAGAGAUAAAGAAAGACAGCGGUUCCUCUUGCCCCAGUAUCACCCCCCCACUAAGAACACGUGAUAUUGCAGAGAGAUAAAGAAAGAAUACAAGCCAAAAGGAACGCUUUAUGUAUUUUAUUUUUUGGUUUCAAAACUGUCUUGGUUUUUUAUUCUAGCCUACUGUUUCUUAAAGGCACAGUGUUGUAGGUCUAACUGGUCAGUUCCUCUUCUGCAUAACAGAUGUUUUACUGGUACAUCAGUCUCCUAUUGUAAUAUUGCUUCCAAUACAAUGCUCAAAUACA